CACGAAACAAAAUUAACUUCUGAAAAACAUUACAAGUUUAUAACUAUUAGAAGUAGAAUUUUGUAAUAGACAUUUUGCUUGUAAUCUUUAUGGCUUUAAAUCCCAUAAAUGAAAAGGUUGACAAAAAAAAAAAAAAAGUAGAAUUAAAUUAGCUUUUACUUAGCAAAAAAAAACUAUUUGAAGUAGAAAGUAGUAGUACCUAAAAUUAUCAACUUUUUCAUCCCCAACAAUACUUUCCUUAUCUUAUCUCCCAAUUAAAAGGAAAAUUUCCAAUUAUUAUAUAUAAAACCAUAUAGAUAACUACAUACAGUAUAAGAUGGAAGUAUAUAAGCUAACAAUUAAUAAGAAUAUAUUUACUUACCAAUAGUCAACUUUUACCGCGUGAUCCAUAUAUAUUACCCACUUUUUCCCACGCUCAUAAAACUCUAUCUUAACCUUCUUUAAUUCAAUCGUUAUCUCCCCCUCCUUACUUGGGGCUCAAAAGAGCUCAUAUAAUUUUGUUAAUGUCAGUUUCAUCAAACAUACUCAAAGAGAAUUCUCGCGACUUGUUGCGAGAAGAGGAACCUGGUGAUGCUGAAGUCGAAUUUCCCAUUGACGAUGAGGACGAAGAUUUUUCGAUAACGAGUAUUAGGAUUGUUUUGGUAGACUCAGAUCCUGAAUCCUUAUGCCUCAUGAAGAACCUCAUGACACAGUUCUCUUACCAAGUAAGGGAUUUUAAAAACGGAGCUGAAGCUAUUGCUUUCUUGAUGAUGAGCAAGCAUGAGAUCGAUUUAGUGAUUUGGGAUUUUCACGUGCCCGAGAUUAAUGGACUGGAAGCUCUCAAAACCAUUGGUAAAGAGAUGGAUUUGCCCGUAGUAAUAAUGUCUCAUGAACACAAGAAGAAAACUGUGAUGGAAUCGACAAAACGAGGCUCAUGUAACUUUCUCGUGAAGCCAGUAAGCAAAGAAAUCAUUGCAGUUCUAUGGCAACAUGUUUACCGCAAGAGAGUAUCUAUAUAUUCAGUUGAAUCAAAUCCAGAAGAAACUGUCGGUUUAGAUCAAGAUGAUAUUGAUCUCUAUCAGACCAACUCCAAUUGCGGAGAACAAACCAGUUCCUAUCAAAAAGAAGACAAGAACAAGAAACCGCGGAUGACUUGGACACCUGAACUUCACCAACUGUUUGAAAAAGCGGUCGAGAAAAUGGGCGGUGUUGAACAGGCCGUUCCAAAGCAGAUUCUCAAAUGUAUGCAAGAAGAAAAGGAUGCGGAAGGACUCACUAGAAACAAUGUUGCCAGUCAUCUUCAGAAGUACCGUCUAAAUUCAGGGAAAAAGUCAUCCAUGAUCCAGGAAACUCGAGAAGAUUCUGAGUGGCGUAAUGCUGGACCAAACACCGCUCUUACGGCUUCUAAACCGCUACCAAACUCCAUCUUCGGUCUCCAUACUAGAGUACCGUAUUUUGCGAACGAUCAAGACGCGAGAAACGGCCCCAUGCAGUAUCCUUCAACCAAUUACUUCACAAUGGACAAUGCCCAUUUCAUGACCAACUCUUUUGCUAAUCUACCUUAUACUGACUCGUUUCAUCAGCAACAACAAUUUCAACAUCAGCAGUACUCCCAUUCUUCUCUUCAGUUACCUUCCGUGAUAACCAAACAAGAGUUUCCAUACGUGUCAGCAGCCCUGGAAAAUCCCGAUCUCAUAGCUAAUAAAAAUUCACCCUACAUGGACUGGGGAGACUAUUUGCCAGAAGGCGGACUUAGCGAUUUCGAUAAGACUAAUCGUUAUUGACUCGUCAAAGGGAGGUGAUAUAUGAAUUCGUCUCUUUAUCGUAGCUCUUCUCUCUUCCCCCUGAUUUUUUUUUCAUGUUCUUAUUGAGGUUUUUUUGAACCACACAAUCGCUCAUCGGAUACCUUCGUUCGAUUUGCAUUUGGCGUGGUAGUAUUUCUGUUAUUUUGGUGGAACUAUAUAGUUUUAGUUGUGAGUGAUCUAUAAUCACUUACGUAGAUAUAGUUGAUUUAAUUUAAAUGGCAAAAACUGAUCGUACUCAUACAGUUUCCUAUGUACUUUUAAUUUUCACUUUAGAAUUUCAUUAUACACUAUUUUCUUUUUCUUAAGGUGUAAACAUAAAUUUUCUACCAAUUUGACAGGUCGUACAAAGAAAACUAGUAGCCGAAAACAAAAACAAAAAUCUAAACAAUACCAAAAUACCAAAGAAAAAGCUCAACCACAACACCACUAAAAAAGAGACGAUAGUCAUAAGCCGUAGUUACUAAUCAAACUCAGGAGAACGAGUUCGCCCUAGAGACCCUUUUCUCUCCGGCACGAAGACCAAGACGACCGCAACUACAGGAUGAGCUCCCCCUCCGACAUCUUCUCCGGUGACUGCUCCUUCUUCUGAAGUGUAAGUUUUCCUCUCCUCUUCCUUCCUGAGUUUGCUCCGAUGGUCAUUUCCCCACCUUCUCUCCCAACACCGAUGACUCAACGCUCGAAGCUUAAACCAUGAUUUUCUCCUUGCGAACCUCCUGUCUCAUAGACCUCAACCCCGUCCACCUCCGGAGCCACCAGAUCGAGUCCCUCCUUCACAAUCCGGAAGCUCCACCAUCUACUUGCGAAGCCCCUCCAUUGCUGCUCCACCGCUUCUCACCCACCUCGAGCUUGCGUUUAGAGUUCCCGAGAUCCCUCUCCUCCAACGUCACAGAUCGUCUAUUCACUGGUGCUUUUGGCCAAGAACUUUCAAAUUUUAAUAAUGGGACUGCGGUUCAGUUUAGGGUCCAAUGAGAGCUACGGGUCUCGAUACGGUAAUGUCGGAGCCCUUGUUCUCAGUUUGGCCUCAGCUCCCACCCCUCCUUUGAAUAUAGCCAAGAUAUUUUCAUCACCUCCAACAGAAUCUGAACUUUGCUCAGCCUCUAUAAAUCUAACUCAAAGGUGUUUUUUCUGUUCAAUCCCUGCAACUCCAGUAUCAUCUAUGCGGUUAUUCAAAAGGUCCGAGAAUAUUGAACCUGGGAUUCCGGCGUACGUGGUCUCAGCUCGCUGUCACUGCUCUACCCUGUCUCCUCAUCCACAGCAAACCAACCAUUCCAAGCUCAACUCAGCCACACAUGGACCUCCUGGAAUUUAUGCUCUCAUGCUUAGCUUGAUACAGCUUGAUGAAAUGUGUUUUUGUUUGGUUUCCGUAACUCUCUGGCUCCAACACGGUAAUGUUGAAAGAUGGAGUCAAUGACUGAACUCAAAAACGGGUUGCCCAUCAAGUCAGUUCGGGUUCUUAUCUCAGGUUAAGGAAAUCAAGUCUCCAUGGCCGGUUCUAGCUUCAAAUACACUAAUGGAAUCAGCGAUAGCAUCAACCGCUCCACUAUCUAGCCCACCGACCAAUCAGAGAUUCACAUAGUCUCCCGGGUCAAUUCAACGCUCAUCAGAGCUAUUUCCGACAACAGUCAGUCCAAAGAAAUCAUCGGCAUCGUCUCUGACAUCCGUUCGAUCUCCUCUGGCUUUGCAACAAUAGUGUUUUCUCACAUCUCUCGAUUUGAAAACUUGAUUGCCUACAUUAUAGCUAAGCAGGUUUUACAUGCAUUUUCUUGGGUUGGGCCAUCGUUUUUGGGCCUCUUUCUUUUUCUACGUUAAUGAAAUUUCUGUGACAAAAAAAUAAGAAGUGAUAAGCCGUAAAAACUCAGAGGCCAACCUUCAAGUGAUGAGUUUGUUCAAUGUUUUAUUUUCUGUAAACUGAUGAUAUAAUUAUGCUAAAUCAUUUUAGUUUUCCAUGCGUGCUUUCGUUUUUGUCACCAACUUCUUUUAUUCAGCCAGCUAUCAAAUGCUGAAGCUUUAAAGUUUAACAGAGCUUUUCAUUCGUGCAUGCUCUUUUGUUAUUUGUUAUCUUUCGAGAAUGAAAUUUCUAAGAUAUAUUGACUUAUUGAGCUAACCUAUUUUUUUAGUCAUGCUUGAAUACUGUUAACUUGUUGUGAUUACGAAUAAAUACGUAGGCCCGAUGGUACGAGGAGUUUCUUGGGAUUUAAUUAGCAUAUUUUUCACGAUUAAGCCUCCUUGUUUUGUUUUAGCAAAUUACUAACGGCAAAGAUAAUAAAAGAACUCUCAUCAUUAACUAAACAAUCAACAAACACUACCUUUCAUAAUCACGUCCUCUAUGUAUUAACAGAGAAAUAUUAAAAAAGUUAUAACUUGUAAUUUGUACUAAUUAAAAAUAUUCUACUGAAUUGUCACGUAAUUGGAAUGUUAAUUUUGCUUACGUGGCGGCUUGAGAAUCAAUUGAAAAUUUUGUUAGUCCAAAACUAAAUUGCUAAUAAAUACUAUAUUAUAUAAUACUAGGUGUUUGUCCGCAAUUUUACGGGUAGUUAUAUUAUAUAAAGAAAUAUAUAAUGUCAAAUAUUUGGAUAAUAAAAAAAUUCAGUAUUUUUUUUUAGAAGAUAUGUGAGAUAAUUAAUUCAGAUAAUUGGUUGCAAAAAAUUACUUUAUAUUUUAGUUUAACACAUAAAAACCGGAAAAUACUCUAGCUCUCAAGAGAAAAAAAGGUGUGUUUUUUGUGCAACUCCAAUAUGACCUAUACAAUGAUCGGAGACUUUUAUCAUGAAAGAUCUUUUGUAAACGGUUUUGUGUGGGUUUUAAAAACAUAAAAGUUAUAAUAAUUCCUUACCCACAAAUAUAGUUAUUUUAUAUAAUAAUAUACAACCAUUAAAUUUAUUUCUAUAAAAAUGAUAAAGUAUUUUAUUUAAUUAUAUAUAACUAAUUGAUAAAAAUAAAGAAAUUGAUAAAACAUAUAUAUUAUUUCUCUAAUUCUACAAUUAGUUACCAUAAAUCAUUAUUUGUAAUAUAAUUUGUGUUAUUUGGUGAUUUGUAUUAAUUAGUUCUAGAGUUAUCUUUUACUUUUAGAUCUGAUUAAAAUAAUAACUAAUAAAUGUUAACAGCCAAUCAAAUUAUAACUAUUUUUUAAAACUUAACCUAUUAAAGACACAUAAUCAAAACUCAAUUAAAUAGCUUCUCAACUAAUAUAUAGUAGGAUUUAUAUCUUUAAAACUAAGGAUAAAUUUGGAUAAGAUAAACAUAAAAACAUGUAUUAGGAAAAUAGUAGUUUAAGCAAUUUUUCUCAUAAUUUGUUCCAAAUCACACUUUCUCACUCAUUUUUUUAAUUUAGUGUUUAACAUAAAACUUAAAUAGGUUAAGCAAACAAAUUCUUCCUUAAAUUAUCUCUGAUCAUCAC